GGUCACAUGACAGCGAGAUGGCAGCCACUGCAGGAACUUUUUUAAACGAGUGCAUUAGUCGCUGUGUUGUUUUAUCCUGACCUGGCUGCAAAUACUAAAUCCUUUUAGAUACACGUUGUUUUUAAGAUGAGCAUUCCUGUGGUGGACUUCGGCGCGUGCAGCCUGAGAGAGAAGGAUGUUAGUGAGGAGCAGAUGAUCAGUUUGAGCAAAGAUCUGGAAACAGCUUUCACUGAAGUGGGGUUUGUCUUCCUGAAGAACACUGGGAUCACUCAGGAGGAGGUGGAUCGUGUUAUGGCCAUAUCCAAGACGUUCUUCCUGCAGCCAGAUGAGGAGAAACAACCCUUCAGCAGGAAAAGCUUUGCUGGAAGUCCUAACCACGGCUGGGUGUCCUUUGGGAUUGAGAGGUUGAAUCCAAGCCGCCCUGGAGACCUAAAGGAAGCAUUCAACAUUACUUCACUUCAGCCUGACAUUAAAUGGCCAUCAGGAGCUGCGAAAGGCUUCAGGGAGAUCCAGACGUCUUUCUUCCAGCGCUGCAAAGAGCUGAGUCUGCGGGUGCUGAAGGUGAUGGCUUUCAGUCUGGGUCUGGACCCCGAGGUGUUCCUCAGUGCGCAUCGAUUCAUAGGAGAGGAAGGGAAUUGUUCCACUCUGCGGACUCUGUACUACCCUCCAGUGAAGCAUGAGGAGGUGAAGGAGGGUCAGCUGAGGUGUGGAGAACAUUCAGACUACGGCUCCAUCACCCUGCUGUUCAAAAGCUCUGUGGGUCUGCAGGUGCGUCAGCGGUCAGGAGAAUUCCUCUGCGCUCCUGCCGUCCCCGGAGCCGUGCUGGUGAACAUCGCCGACCUGAUGCAGCGCUGGACCGGAGAUCACUUUGUCUCUGUGCUGCACAGAGUGUUGCUGCCGCCCCCUGGAGACCUCAGCACCCGACAGUCUCUGGCUUUCUUCGUGCAGCCGGACGACGAGGCGCUGAUCUGCUGCUGCGACGGAUCCAACAAAUACCCUCCAGUGACGGGAGGAGGAUACAUCGCCGAGCGCUUCAAAGCCUCAUACGGACAAAACUAAACCCCUGCACCCCUGGAAGUCUUUUAUCGUGUUUUAUUAGCACACUGUUUUUACAUUCUGGAUAUAAUUGUAUUUUCAUUGAAGUAAAGAGACACAAACUCAAAACGUGCAACCUCAUUCAUUUUAUUGUCCACAUUCAAACCUUGUACUACAGUUUCAUGAAUUCUUCACACAUGGCGUCGGACAGAUUUAACAGCUUUCUGUAAAAGACAAUAACUCAAUUGUUUAAAAAAUAAACAAAAAAAAAUCAUAAUUACUCUGAGUUGUUAUUCUAUCGCUGAUCUGUCGUAUUAACCUUUAAUAAACACCGUUUUCACCCUGUAACAAGCUCUGUAUGCUUUAAUAUUUCCCAUCUAUUAGGACAAAAUGUAACCUGUAACGAAAGUGUAGAGAAUAAAUAAAUUAAAACGUAUUCUAUCAGGAGAAAGAUUCACGGACACAACUCAGUGUAAACAGACAGCCACUUUAGAAUCCAUACAAUCCAACAACAAAAAAUCAUCUUCAAUUAAAAGAUUUAAAUAUAUGUAACUUUAUCUGUAAACUAAAGACACUUUCUUCAAUCAUCCGGUUCGUAGGAGUAAACUUUGAAAAAUAAAAACUUUAAGAAGGAUUUUUUUAGCUUCGUGUGCAAGAUUUUCACAGGAGGAUUGUGGGUAAUUGUAGCAGUCUGGAGUCCUCUUACAGCUUAUAGAAAAGAAUAAAAGGUAAAUAAGAAAAUCAACAGUGAUCCGACUAACUGAGAGCCUACGGUUUAAACCAAAGUUCAUAUCCAUGAUCACAUUUUGAAGCAGAAAACAAAUAUGGAAAUUAAGGAAAGUAUUUCAAGAAAGAACGAUAUUUCACGGUUCCAAAAAUGAAAAAAAA